CAUAGCCUUGCAUCAGAUUUUGUUAGAAUUGUUAAUUGAAAAUUUCCCUCAUAAAUCAUUAAGCAUUGCUGACAUUUAUGUGAGCUAACGGUACUGCGAUAAAAGUUAGAUAGAAACAAAGAAAUUCUUGAACAAGAUUUUAAUAAAAUUCGACAUUAAAAAUGUGAAGAAACUCAGCCAUCUGUCAUAUUCCAUAAGAAUGUCAGCAUAAAAGUGAUUAACAUACAUUUUCAAGAUAAUUUAAACGCUGGUUUUGGUUUAAAUACUGGCAGAGAUCUUAUUAUUAUAACAUAUUUAACAGAAUAAUAGAUAGAUUUUUAUUCAAGAUGAGAUUUAUUUGUAGCAGUUUGUAUCCUGUACUAUAUUUGAUGACUCUUAUUAUAUAUUCAGAAGCGGUUCCAGUUGCUCGAACUUCGGAUGAAGGCGUCGAGGACCAUGGAACAUAUUCUACCACUGAGGAAAAUGAAUGGAGAGACGACGAAUCUCAUACUAAAGAUGUUGAUACACAGACAGAACUUUCAAACUGCAAAGAAGACCUGGAGUCCUAUAAGCGUGCGCUAGAAUUGGAGGCUUCCAAACCAAAAAAUUCAGCCCCACAGAAUCUUUUCCUCAUGUUUAUAGGAAAAAUCGAACAAAACUUCCUUCAUCUGAGUCUUCCGCCUGAUCAUAAACCAGAGCCCAAUGGAAUGAAAUUUGGCAGUAAUUCCGGCAGAGGUUAUGUCGCUAAGUACCAUCAUUGCGGGGAUAAAGGAGGGUGUGAAGAGGGGAGGAAGGAUGAUGGAGAGGAGGAUGAGAGACAUGAAUGGAUAGAUGAAGAGCAUUUGUUAGAAGAACUGGAGAAAGAGAUGAAGCUACUGCUGGAAGGUUUGAAAGAUAUGGAUAAGGGUGGGGAAAUAGAGAAUAUAGAAGUGGAGAAAAUGCUUAAGGAGGAGGAGGAUUAAGCUUCCAAAAUGUCGCAUAAUUUACUUAUAAUACACAAAUUUGAAUCACCAAGUCACAUUGUAUUUCACUAUAUAAUUAUUUCACAUGAUAAUGUCUCACCAUUAUAAUAAUAGGUAGGCUACUAUUAUCAUCAUCCUUAUUCCACUAUAAUAUUAUCUCACAAUUAUUCACUAAUAAUAAUGUUAACCUAAUAUGUAGAGCUGAAUAAAAAACUUAAAUCGAUUUUAUCCUUU